UAAAGACAACGUUGAACAGUAACUGCUUAAAAUUAGCUUGGAACGGUACAAUGUUUUUGAAAAGCUCUAUUUGCGGUGUUUUACUAGUCUUAGGACUAUUUCAAACUGUACAAGUGAAAUGUGCAGCCGUUGCCCCGAAAAUCAUAGGAGGAACAACUACCACAAUAUCACAAGCUCCAUUCAUAACACAGCUAAUAAGGAACGGACAAACAGCAUGCGGAGGAGUAUUGAUUGAAACAAAUAAAGUUCUUACUGCUGCACAUUGUGUAGCUGGUAUCACCGCCGCCGAUAUUCAAGUUCUAGGUGGAACGACUAAUUUGAAUAGUGGCGGUGUUCGACGCAAAGUAACUAAAAUUAUAAGAUCAAAACUCUACAACACCGAUGAUUAUAAUAUGGAUAUAGCAAUGUUACACUUAGCAUCUGCACUCACUGGUACCAAUAUCGCUACAAUCGCUUUGGGCACUACACCUCUCGCUGAUAACGUUGUUACUAAGGUUUGGGGUUGGGGUAUAGCUGAUGACGGCACUCAAUCUAAUGUUUUGCGUGUUGUUGAUAUUAGUACUUUGUCCAGAACAUCAUGUUCCGAAUACUAUUCAUUAACUACAUCAAAUUUCUGUGCAUUUACAAGUGGUAAGGAUGCUUGCUUCGGAGAUUCUGGUGGUCCACUAACACAUAACAAUAAAUUAUAUGGACUUGUUUCAUAUGGAGCUGGCUGCGGAACGUAUCCAGGUGUUUAUACAAGUAUUGCUUCAACUCCAAUACAAACAUUCAUUACCAAUGCGAAAAAGGCAUAAAUGUUAUACAAUAUAUAUCUGAAUAUGUUAACAGAGAAAAAUAUAAGUCUUAAAUGUAUAUAUAGAAGAGGACGAGGGUAGAAUUAGUUUUCGCCGGUUCUUACACGUAUAAUAUUUUUAGGACUUUAUGUAUUA